AUGUCUUCAAAUGAAAUGGAGCCGGAUAAUGACCUUGUUUUCCCAGACGGUGGUUGGCGUGCAUGGAGCGUCGUCCUUGGCUCUUGGUGCGCCAUGGUGCCAUCAUUUGGACUGAUGAAUACCCUGGGUGUGUUCGAGGCUUGGUUGGCAGACCACCAAUUGAGAGACUAUUCAAAAGCCUCCAUAGGCUGGAUAUUCAGUCUUUACAUGUUUUUCCUUUACUUUGGGAGCGUGCAAGUCGGCCUUCAUGUAGAAUACUACCAGUUUAUGUUGGGAUUCAGUGUCCUGGGAGGUAUUUCAUCCUCAAUGGUGUUCACCCCGAGCAUAGCCUGCAUAGCGCAUUGGUUUCUGCGGCGGCGUGCGCUGGCUACUGGUGUAGCUGCGACUGCCGGUGGUAUUGGGGGUAUUGUCUUUCCGGUCUUGAUAUCCAACCUAAUCGGUCGUCUCGGCUUCCCUUGGACCAUCCGAAUCAUUGGGUUUAUAAGCGCCAUUUUCUGCUCUCUAAGUGUCGCCCUUCUAAGGACCAGACUCCCCUUGAACCCGAUGCAGAAAGGGACGGUGGAUGUUCGAGCUUUAAAAGAAUUACGCUUCGCACUGUUAACGGCGGCUAUCGUGCUCAUCGAUUUUGCGCUUCUACUUCCCUUGACUUACUUGCCAUCCUAUGCUCAGUCUCAGGGCCUAGGAGAUUCCUUUGCAUACAACCUUUCUUCGAUCCUAAAUGGCGCAUCGAUUCUGGGUCGCAUCGUCCCUGGGUAUUUUGCGGAUCGGUUUGGUCGGUUCAAUAUCAUGAUCGUCACCACUUUCAUCUGUGCGGUGCUUAUUCUUGCCCUAUGGCUUCCAUCCCAGUCAAAUAAGGCAGCCACGGUGGCCUUCGCCGUGCUGUUCGGGUUCUGGAGCGGCACUGCAAUCAGUCUCGCUCCGGUUUGUGUUGCGCAAAUCUCGAAGACCGAAGAAUUCGGGAAGCGCUAUGGGACAGCGUAUUUCCUAGUCAGUAUCGGCUCGCUUAUUGCCAUUCCAAUCGCAGGCGAGCUCUUGAAGGUCCGGAAGGCCACUACAAGUCAGGAAGACUACACUGGCGUUAUACUGCUUUGCGGGAUCGCCUAUGCUUGUGCAUUUGUUUUCUUUAUCCUAUCUAGAGCGGGUGUGGGUAAACGACUUCUGAUGCCAAGUGCCAUGAAUCCACAAGGCGAAUGCUUUCUGCACAGCGAUGUUAUCCUACCCAUGCGAGAUCCCUAUAUGGACCAAGUAAUUGACGGGACAAAGAACUACGAAUUCAGAAGAUACCGUCUCAGUCCUGGGGUGAGGAGGAUCUGGUUUUAUCGAACCGCACCACAUUCAAGCAUCACUCAUGCCUGCGAAACUCUGCCAGUUCGAACACGAAACCACGGCGACGCCCCUGUGUCGGAGGACGGCCUGGGCAAUGUGGAAUUCAACACCAGACAUCCAGAUUGUGCAGGGUAUGACUUUACUUACAAGAUGGUCACUGUGUAUGAGCUGCGAAAUCCAAUCACUCUCAACGAGAUGAAGGAAAAACACGGGUUUAAGCCGGCGCCGAGAGGUUUCGUAUACCUGCCGAAAUCCAUCAGUGAUUGCCAUCACUGGAAACAGCAGAACUAG